AACCGAGUGAACUUUGAAACACUGUUUUGGUUUUAUGUCUGAUACAUAUUCAUCAAGGAUAUAAUUAUUGAAUACCAUUUUUAUCACGUUGUAUAUAAUUGGAUACUGCUGAUAGACAUCGAGCAGUCAUGUAGCUUGAAACAGCACGUAGAAAUUCGAGUCCCUUUUUCGCAGACAUCCUUAUCGACAAUUCGACAAUUGGCAGCCGGAAACUUUAUUGUGGGAACUGUUACGUAAAUCGACGCGUUCAAAACUGGAUGUAAAUCACUACUGAAAUCGAAAAUCAACAAUCCUGCGCUCGAGUGAUGGUUUCAUUUUUGUUUUGAUUCUACAAUUUCGCGGCGUCGAUAACUCGGAGGAGGAAUCAAAGGUCGACGCAAAGCGUCGCUUCAACUGGAUUUGUACACGGAAAUUUCAAUUAAGCCGUAUAGAAGAACGAAAUUGUUACCCGCGUACGCUUCUGAUUUUUACGCCCAUAUAAAGAGGAACGAAAACUUGAUUUCUGAUGCAAGAACGUAGUUACCCCAUUAAUGGACGGUUUAUUGUUUACCCAUCGUGAACUCAAGCCAAAGAACAUAAACAAUUAUCAGGUAUGCUGUAAAGGUCCUCCGUUAGUAUUAGUAAAAAGCGUGCAAAAUAGCGCACGCUAUUUUAUACGUGUUAGUAAUUUUCGUGUACGAUACAAAAAAAAACUAGCUCACCUGUAGCUUAUGUCGAACCACGUUGAGCUCAAACAUCGAUGCAUGCAUACGUGAUACAUCAGAGAGAGGAACGAAUUCGUUUUGGCCCAUUCACAAUGGAAAUGAACGAGGUUGGUAGUCUCCAAAUACCCGAUCAAGUUAAUCUACCAUUUGCGAUCUCCUCCUCUGGCGACAACUACGUCAUAGUGACCAAGGGUAGCACCCAGAUCCUACAGCUUAAAUACAAACAUAUUAAUGAGGAUGGUGCCUUAAAUUACAUCCUCACGCGAUUCGAAUGUUCCAAGGAUAAACCCACCGGACAACUAGCAAGCAAAGAAAAAGAUGUUUACAACCUCAGCAACCGACUGGAGAAGGCCAUAAUAAUGCUUGAUCAAACAAUAGUACCCAACAUCGCCACGCUGAACAUAAACAACGUUAGCGCUUCCGCUUCGCCACCUGGAAUCUUCCAGGACUACAACAGUUGUCUGGUGGCCCAUCUGACCAAUAUAGGACAACUCACUCUGCAGCGAUAUGAUAAAAACCGAAACGAGUGGAACUCGUAUGUGGAUGUAUCAUCCGCCUGGAUAGCGCACUUCUAUGAUAACAGCGUUUUCAGAGAUUUUAAAAGUUUAGUACCUGCCGUGUACGAAGCGCUCAUCACUAGCUUUUGUUGGCGCGACCAAGCUUUUCGACAUGUGGCACAUUUUGCGAUAGGGACAAAAUCUGCCAAAAUAGCAAUAUACAGUCUACUGUCGGAUAGCGUUCGAGUUCAGUAUCUUGCGCAAACUUCCAAUCCGGUGAGGAACCUCAAGUGGAUCACUAUCUCCGAAGAUCGAAAUCUUCUGCUGGCGGGGCUGCUGAAUGGGAAAAUAGUUUUAUACAGUUUCAAAACGUUGCCCGAUGGGGAUAUAUACGAUUUUGUGCAGCUGAACGAUAUUUGGGCGGACGCAGAUGAUUUGACCAUUGGACACAUAGAGUAUGAGAUUGAUCACUCCAACCAACGGUUAUUAGUGUUAAUCGUAAAGGGAACGCAUCUACUGGCAUUUGUUUGUAGCUUACACGGCGAGGUUCGUUCUGUGGCCAUUCAAAAUAUGAACAAUUUCAUGAUCACAGGUCUCCAACAACUCUUCAGUUACCGGUACAUUUUGUGUACACUUCCCGGCUCGAUGUUCUGUGUCGAAAUCAAGUUCAUCAAAACUGGCCAACUGGUGAUCGAACACACUCCUAUCCAAACCGAUCUGAACACAAGUAAAUUUUCGAUUUACGGAGUGACUGCCAGCAAAAACCGCGCCUGUUGGUUGUUCGUUGGCUAUCCGUCGAAAAGCUUUGACCAUCUAAGUUUGCGCACUCCCACGGUUAUAUUCUUCUGCAAAUUCAGCGUACAAGACCCAGUUAGGAUAUUACUUGAAAACCCAACACUCAGGAUGACCGAUUUUUAUGAUUGCGCCGAAGUGAUCAGGUACAGUGGAAACCGGAAUACCCAGACGCUGGGUGAACUGGGAUCUCGUGCUGCAUGUAUCGCGAGGAUGGAUGAUUCUUACGCUUAUCAGCUGAAGUUGCAACUCAUUCAGUUGGGUUCAAGAUUCAGUCAUUUCAAGAAGCGCUGCCAAUCGAUAGCGGACUCACUGCUGGGGCAAUUUCAAUUUGUGACGAUGAUGAUUGAUGCCAUACAUGCUGCUAAGGUUAUUUAUUAUUUCCUCAACCUUUGCCAAUCCGUCGGCGAACUAAGCUACAUGCAACUAUUGACAGUGCGCUGUUUACGGAAUUUCCUGCGUGAUUUUGCAGCAGGUGUCUUCCCUGGAGAUUUCGAACAUGUUCAUAUUACAUUUAAACCCAUCGUGGAAGAAAUUGUCACGCGGACGAACGAAUUACUCGCGAAUGCCACCGUACAAUUGCAGCAGGAAGAGUGCAUGUUUUGUGGAAUGACCAUCUCGGACACGAAUCAAGUGUGUUCACUCAAUCAUCAAACCUUUCGAUGUUCAAUCACUAAGCAGCAAAUUCCGGUCAGGAACAUUGAAACUGUUUGCAGUAUGUGCGAUCGCUACUCGUUGGACGUGGAAAUACUGACGGAGAUCUUCAACUACGAUAGCGGGAAUGUGCCAAUAUAUUAUCGUUAUUGCUGUCUGUGUGAUCUUCCAUUUACCAAGCGUCUCAUCGUGUGA